AUGUCUCCCUGGGCCUAUUGCCGUGGCAACGAAGUGGGACGCAACAUUGGCGAGCCGUGCGCAGACUGCGACCAUGUCUGCUGGUACUGCGGCGCCCAGCUGCCGUCGCGCACCAAGAUGACGAACAAGAGCACACCGCAGCCCCACCAGGCCCCGGCGAACACGUUCCUCUCGCUUGCGCGCCCGUCCGAGGCCGAGGACGGCGUCGUCUGGGGUGCAGGCGACAUGGGCCCCCUUGUUGCGUGA